AUGGUAGUUGAGGAGGAUGACCCGUUGUUAGCGAGUAUGGCACAGAGCAUGAAGGUGAAAUAUGACAAAUAUUGGGGAAAGAUUGAGGAAUGUAAUGAGGCCCUUAUAAUUGCCUUGGUUCUUGACCCAAGAUACAAGCUCAAGUAUCUCACCCAUUGCUUCAAAGCUUUUUAUGGUCCACUGACAUGCGCUCAGAUGGUUAAUGAGCCUAGUGGAUCUUCCUCUUCCUCAUUCACUACUACUUCUAGUUUGAAUAAGUAUGCUUCGUUGCAUGAUGAGUUUGUACAACAAAGGAAAGAGGAAGAUGGUGGUAAGACAAAGAAUGAGGUUGAUAGGUAUCUAACUGAGGAUGCUGAACCUAUGAUUGAGGGUGUCAACUUCGACAUUUUGAAAUGGUGGGCCAAAAAUUCAUCCAAGUACAAGAUCUUGUCAACCAUUGCUCGUGAUGUGUUAGCCAUACUAGUUACAAUUGUUGCUUCUGAGGCUGCCUUUUCGACUGGUGAGAUCACAAGUGAUAGUGAUACAACUGUUGGAGCAAGUGGUAGUGAAAAUGUUUCUGCUUCGCCUUCUGGUUCUAUUAAUGCUCCAUCUACAGCCUCAUCAGCUGCACAAGGAACUGAUUGA